GCAGGUGAGAUUAGUUUGGGGAUGUGAAUACAAUGAGUGUAAACCAGCAAGCUCACACAGGGCCUCCUUACGGGCAACCUCAGCCUGGAUAUCAGGGAUACCAGCAGCCGGCCUAUGGAGGACAGCCAUUGCCAGGGGUUCCUCAAUCGCAAUAUGGAGCUUAUAAUGGUCCGAUGCCAGGAUAUCAACAGCCAGUCCCUCCACAAGGUUACUUUCCUUCCUUGGGGUUCCCUUCGAAGGGCUCUCCUGUAUCUCUCAACUCUGACACUUCUUCUCUUGCACCUAAUUUCAUAGGUUCAUUAAGAGCCCCUCCAACAUCUGGAGCUCCCCCUCCAGCCUCUGGAGCAUCUCUUCCUUCUGGCCACCUACCAUACAGUCAGUUUGGACACGGAGAUGUGCAGAAUGGGAUUCCAGCCUCAACAGCCCCGAUGCAGAGGCCACCUGCUUCUCAGCCGUUUCUGCCAGGCUCAGCACCCACACCUGUCAGCCAGACAUCUACGUUCCAGCAAUAUGGUCACCCCCCAGCCAGCGUACAGCAGCUCAGCAAUCACAUGGCAGGGAUGACAAUUGGCAGUACUACAGCAUCUGCUCCUCCCCCAGCUGGACUGGGCUAUGGUCCCCCAACAUCGGUUCCCCCAGUCUCAGGAAGCUUUAGUGCAACAGGAUCUGGUCUCUACACACCUUACACUGCGAGCCAAGGACCCCCUCCUACCAGUGUGUCUCAGGGUCUUCCUUUGGCACAGCCUCCGUAUCCUGGUCAACCAAUAUCAACUCAGCGCCUACCUACUCAAGUCCCUGGUUUUGCCCCACCUCCCUCUUCUGCAGGGAUUGGACCUUCCUCUUACCCUCCUACCACAGGUGCCCCAAGGCCACCUACCAUGCCAGGUCCACCACUGCCUGGGCAGACAGUUGCUGGACCACCAGUCUCCCAGCCCAAUCACGUAUCUUCACCACCACCUCCGUCAACUAUGUCAGGGCCACACCCUGGGCCUCCCAUGAGUGGCCUCCAUGGACCACCACCUCCUCCCACUCAUCCUCCUCAGCCAGGAUACCAAAUGCAGCAGAACGGUUCCUUUGGGCAGGUGAGAGGUCCCCAGCCAAACUAUGGAGGAGCCUAUCCAGGAACACCAAAUUAUGGAAGUCAACCUGGACCACCACCUCCACCAAAACGCUUGGAUCCAGAUUCCAUUCCUAGCCCUAUUCAAGUGAUUGAAGAUGACAGAAGUAACCGUGGGUCAGAACCAUUUGUCACUGGAGUGAGAGGGCAGGUCCCACCUCUUGUUACUACAAAUUUCUUGGUCAAGGAUCAAGGUAACGCAAGCCCCCGCUACAUAAGAUGUACAUCUUACAAUAUUCCCUGCACCUCAGAUAUGGCCAAACAGUCCCAAGUUCCCCUAGCUGCUGUCAUAAAACCACUGGCUACUCUACCCCCAGAGGAGACCCUUCCUUAUUUGGUAGACCAUGGAGAAUCUGGUCCUGUCCGAUGUAAUAGGUGCAAGGCUUACAUGUGCCCUUUUAUGCAAUUCAUUGAGGGUGGAAGGAGGUUCCAGUGUUGUUUCUGCAGCUGUGUCACGGAGGUGCCACCUCAUUACUUCCAGCAUUUGGAUCAUACCGGGAAGCGAGUAGACUUCUAUGAUCGACCUGAGUUAUCACUGGGGUCUUACGAGUUUCUAGCAACAGUUGACUAUUGCAAGAAUAACAAGUUUCCCAGUCCACCUGCUUUCAUUUUCAUGAUUGAUGUGUCUUACAAUGCUAUGAAGAGUGGCUUAGUGAGGCUAAUAUGUGAAGAAUUAAAGUCACUCCUAGAUUACCUGCCCAGGGAAGGCAACAUGGAAGAAUCAGCCAUUCGAGUAGGCUUUGUCACCUACAACAAGGUAUUACACUUCUAUAACGUGAAGAGCUCACUGGCACAGCCACAAAUGAUGGUUGUCUCAGAUGUGGCAGAUAUGUUUGUGCCACUCCUUGAUGGUUUUCUGGUGAACGUGAAUGAGUCCAGGACAGUUAUUGCCAGUUUGCUGGACCAGAUUCCAGAAAUGUUUGCAGACACAAGAGAAACAGAAACUGUUUUUGCACCUGUGAUUCAAGCAGGGUUGGAGGCGCUGAAGGCAGCUGAGUGUGCUGGCAAGCUCUUCAUUUUCCACACCUCUCUGCCUGUCGCAGAGGCCCCAGGGAAGUUAAAGAACAGGGAUGAUAAGAAACUGAUCAACACAGAUAAGGAGAAGACUUUGUUUCAACCACAGACAAGCUUUUACAAUAACUUGGCCAAGGACUGUGUGGCGCAGGGCUGCUGUGUGGAUCUGUUCCUAUUUCCAAACCAGUAUUUGGAUGUGGCAACACUAGGUGUAGUAACUUACCAGACGGGAGGCUCCAUUUAUAAGUAUGCAUAUUUCCAGCUGGAGACGGAUCAGGAUAGGUUCCUGAAUGACUUGAGAAGAGAUGUCCAGAAAGAAGUGGGAUUUGAUGCUGUAAUGAGAGUGCGCACAAGCACAGGUAUUCGAGCAACUGACUUUUUUGGAGCUUUCUAUAUGAGCAACACAACUGAUGUAGAGAUGGCAGGCUUAGACUGUGACAAGACAAUCACAGUGGAGUUCAAGCACGAUGAUAAACUGAGUGAAGACAGUGGUGCGCUCCUUCAGUGUGCUCUGUUGUAUACAAGUUGCGCAGGACAGCGACGACUCCGCAUUCACAACCUUUCCCUAAACUGUUGCACACAGCUUGCUGACCUGUAUCGAAACUGUGAGACAGACACGCUCAUUAAUUACUUGGCUAAAUAUGCAUAUCGUGGAGUUCUGAGCAGUCCAGUAAAGACUGUACGAGAUGCACUGAUCAACCAGUGUGCCCAGAUCCUAGCUUGCUAUCGAAAGAACUGUGCUAGUCCAUCUUCUGCUGGCCAGCUGAUCCUCCCUGAAUGCAUGAAGCUGCUUCCUGUGUACUUGAAUUGUGUGUUGAAGAGUGAUGUCCUUCAGCCUGGUCCGGAGGUCACAACGGAUGACCGUGCCUACAUUCGUCAGUUAGUCACAUCCAUGGAUGUGGCAGAAACAAAUGUUUUCUUUUAUCCCAGGCUUUUGCCCCUGACCAAAGCAGAUGUUGACAGCGACUCCUUGCCAGCAGCAAUCCGGAACUCAGAGGAACGUCUCUCCAAGGGUGACAUAUACCUGCUGGAGAACGGGCUGAACAUCUUUGUGUGGGUGGGAGUGAACGUGCAGCAAGGCCUGAUCCAGAACCUCUUUGGAGUGUCAUCCUUCAGUCAGAUUAGCAACGCCUUGAGUACCCUGCCUGUCUUGGAAAACCCCUUUUCAAAGAAAGUACGAUCUAUUGUUGACAUGCUUCAAGUGCAGAGAUCCCGCUACAUGAAGUUAAUAAUUGUGAAGCAAGAAGAUAAGCUGGAAAUGCUGUUCAAACACUUUCUAGUGGAGGACAAGAGCCUGAGUGGGGGGGCUUCAUAUGUGGACUUCCUGUGUCACAUGCACAAGGAGAUUCGGCAGCUACUGAGCUAGAGGAAGGAGAGGUGCUGGAACUCAGCAGUGACAUUUCAGUCUCCACUAAUGACCUGAUCAGAAGGCCCAGCGCCCUCAAAAAGGACAACAUAGAAAUCUGUACAAUUCCAUAAUUUUUAAUACACAUUGCAUAAGCAGAAAUCCUUUCAACCUCUCCUAGUCCCGUAUGAGAGAUGAAAAAUUUUCCUGGUGAGGGCU